AUGAAUCGGAAUUUAGUUCAUCCCACCUCAGUCACAUCCCCGCGAAGAGAGGAUAUACGGUCUCGCGAAACAUCCUCGGUAUACUCUUCUCCCAUUUCUACCUCGUCCCAGGGAGGCCUGUCGCCUAUUGGUCUUGGAAUUUCCCACUGCGAAAUCGAGAAUGCAUUCGGUCAACUGAGGGUCUUCCCUCCCACGGCUACACUACCAUCGCAACUAGUUCCUGGAGCGCCAACUCCCACUUUUGCAUUAUCCUAUGGCGACUACUCUAGCGGAGCAUGCUACCCACCAGUCUACAACGGACUUGUCAAUAGUGCUUCGGAGACUCCACUGGGGUUCUACAGCCCCACGACGAUGAGCGCGUCCCCCAGCUACAACUCGACUAUGGAUGUUGUUCCUGGCCAGAAUGUCUUCCCAGGCCAAAUGACCGACAUGUGGAUGCACACGCCUUGCCCGGCACCGACAACGCCGUCGGAUGUUCCCCCGGGGACUGUGGCGAAUGGAGCCGCAGGACAAUGGGGCCAGAGUGUAUUUCCGGACGCGUGCAUGCCCUCCACGAUGCCCCUAUUGCCAGUCAACAAUGUUUCCUACCUUGGGGCGAUGGGAGAGGAGAUUGGGUACGACAGAUCCUCCGGACAGAGCGUCAACACCGGACAAGCCGUGUCUCAACCUCAAGCAUCUGUCGAAGGGACUCAUGGUGUCACAAACUCAAGCAAAAGAGAGCGCGGCUCAUCAAAUGACAGGCUAAUAUCUGCCAGUGGCCUGGAAUGUCCCAUUUGUGGUGCCAAAUUCACGCGACGCUCCAACUGUAAGGAGCACCAAAAGAUGCACAACCCUGAAUGGAAGAACAACCAUCCGUGCGAUACCUGCCACAAGACUUUUGGGCGAAGCUCAGACCUCAAAAGACACAUGAACACCGUUCAUCACGGGCUUCGGAAGUACAGCUGUGACCUUUGCGACCGGCGUUUCAGUCGCCAUGAUAGUCUGGUUAGACAUGAUUGUGUAGAGAAGCACCGCAACACUGAGAAGUCUACUGGUCACGCUGAGGCGUCGCUUAUGCUCAGGCCGCGCCAGCGAGCGUCGAACCGCCGCUCAGCUAGCUAA